UUUCAUCAUCCAGUAUUCCAAAAUCAAAAUCAUAACUGUGCCAAUCGGGCGAUAAAAUAAAUUAAAGAAAUUUUAUUCUAAAUUUUGAGUUGUGCAGAAUCUUCAAACAGGAAACUUCAUUGAUUUAAGAUAAAAUUCAAAGUUAACCAUGGCGGAUCCAGACAUUUCGGAGAUCGAUCAGUCUGUGGCCCCGCCCAUAGGCGGCGAUAUAAACUUUAACUUGAACAACGAGCGGUUAGAUUGCGAGCAUUUGGAUCACAUGACCGAUAGCUGGACCGACACGCAAAGACCCUCAUUCGUCACCGCACUGCUCCGAUUUUUCGGCAAUGUUUUUGUCGAUAUAUUCAACGCAAUUUUCAGCUAAAAAGUAGUUCUAUAAAGCUCAGAGUAUUCACCCAAUUGCAAAUAAAAUUGUUUAGUG